GCGUUCCGGCCUCGAGCCGGUUCUCGGAUGCUGAAGGCUGGUCUCCGGCGUGGGUGCCGAGGCGGCGAUGGGUGUCCCCAGAGUGUGGCUCGGGCUGGUCCUGGUGCUGGAAUUCGCAGCGUUGCCUCAUUCCGAAGGUGCUUGUGUCUAUCAGGGUUCCUUGUUGGCGGAUGCCACAAUUUGGAAGCCCGAUUCAUGCCAGAACUGCCGUUGCCAUGGUGAUAUUGUUAUCUGCAAACCUGCUGUUUGCAGAAACCCUCAGUGUGCCUUUGAGAAGGGAGAGGUGCUUCAAAUAGCCGCCAACCAAUGCUGCCCUGAGUGCGUGUCAAGGACUCCUGGAUCUUGCCACCAUGAAAAGAAAAUCCAUGAGCAUGGGACGGAGUGGACCUCCUCACCGUGUAGCGUGUGCUCUUGCACUCAUGGGGAGGUCCGAUGCCACCCGCAGCCAUGCCUCCCACUAUCGUGUGGGCACCAGGAACUGGCAUUCAUCCCUGAAGGAAGCUGCUGCCCCAUUUGCGUGGGCCCUGGGAAACCCUGUUCCCAUGAAGGCCGUGUGUUUCGGGAUGGGGAGGACUGGCGACUGAGCCGGUGUGCCAGAUGUGUGUGUAGAGAUGGGAUUGCCCAGUGCUUCACAGCUCAGUGUCAUCCUCUGUCUUGUAGCCAGGAUGAAACAGUCGUCCGAGUUCCUGGAAGAUGUUGCCCACAGUGCUCUGCACGCCCCUGCUCUGCAGCUGGUCGAGUGUACGAGCAUGGUGAGCAAUGGAGUGAAAAUGCCUGCACCACAUGUGUAUGUGACCGGGGCGAGGCCAGAUGUCACAAGCAGGCCUGCCCACCGCUGAGAUGUGCAAAGGGUCAGAGCAGGGCUCGGCGUCAUGGGCAGUGCUGUGAGGAAUGUGUGUCCCCCAGUGGAAGCUGCUCUUAUGACGGGUUUGUGCGGUACCAGGAUGAAAUGUGGAAGGACUCAGCCUGUGAGUUCUGCAUGUGUGACCAUGGCCAAGUGACCUGCCAGACUGGAGAGUGUGCCAAAGUGGAGUGUGCACAGGGUGAAGAAUUAAUUCACUUAGAUGGAAAGUGCUGUCCUGAAUGCAUUUUAAGGAACGGGUACUGUGUUUAUGAAGAAAAUGGAGCAUUGAUAUCCUCAAAUGCUGGUGUAGUUAAACAUAUUCCAGAGGGAGAGAUGUGGGAAGAUGGCCCUUGCAAGUUGUGUGAGUGUCAGGGGGCUCAAGUGACUUGCUAUGAGCCCUCUUGCCAACCGUGUCCAGUGGGCACACUGGCCGUGGAGGUGAAGGGACAGUGCUGUCCAGACUGCACAUCAGCUCCUUGCCACCCAGACUGCUUGACCUGCUCUCACUCUCCAGACCACUGUGACCUUUGCCAAGACCCCACAAAGUUACUACAGAAUGGAAGUUGUGUGCGCAGCUGUGAUCUGGGAUUUUACCGGGCUGGCAGUCUCUGCUUAGCCUGUCAGCCUCAGUGCUCCACGUGUACCAGCAGGCUGGAGUGUGCGACCUGCCACCCUCCCCUGCUGAUGUGGCAUGGACAGUGUGUGUCCACCUGUGGGGAUGGCUUCUACCAAGAUCAUCACUCCUGUGCAGUCUGCCACGAGUCCUGUGCGAGCUGCUGGGGCCCAACAGAGAAGCACUGCCUGACCUGCAGGGAUCCCCACCUUGUGCUGAGGGACGGUGGCUGUGACAGCAGCUGUGGCCAGGGCUUCUACAACUGGCAGGGUGCCUGCCAUGCUUGUGACCAAUCCUGUAAGAGUUGUGGCCCCAGUAGCCCCAGGUGUCUUACCUGUACUGAGAAGACAGUGUUGCAUGAUGGGAAAUGUGUUUCUAAAUGCCCUGGUGGGUACUAUGCUGAUGCCACUGGCAGAUGCAAAGCGUGCCAUGACUCAUGUGCCAGCUGCUUCGGACCCAUGGUUUCUCACUGCACUGCUUGCAGCCCCCACCGGCCUCUGCAUCAAGGUUACUGUCUGCCUCACUGUGGAGAGGGCUUCUUCCCUGACCAAGGGGUCUGCAAAGCCUGCCAUUCCUCCUGCCUGACUUGUGUGGGUCCUGAGCCUUCACACUGUACUGGGUGUAGGAAGCCAGAGGAAGGACUACAGGUCGGGCAGCUCUCUGGGGGAGGCAUCCCCUCCGGCAAAUGUCUGUCCCAGUGCAGAGUACAGUUCUACCUGGAGAGCACUGGGCUGUGUGAAGGGCAAAAUCUGGACUUCUAUCAAAAUUUGGAAGUGAUUCUUGCCAUUGCCUUGGCACAUUAUCUACAGAGAAUUGACGCCAUCCUGUAUAAUUUGACUCGGUAG